CAGCUGUUACAGGCAUGCAUUCUUGUCUGCUGCAACAGGGAGAGGUGGAUCAGUUCUCGCUCACUUUCGUGUCGCAGGCCCCCGCAGCCGUCUCCGACAUCCCAACAUGGCUUAGCGUGACCCGUAAAAGUACCGAGAGAGCUGAAGUUUGUGAUCCUAGGACUUUCUAGGGAAAAGGCAGGAGAGCCGACAACGACUGGGCUAUGGGAGCCUAUGAGUGACGUCACAGCUCCCAGAAUUCACAGCCCUUGUUGAGCACUCCCUAACACAGAGCUGCAGGAUCACAUGACUGGACUUAAAAAAGGACAUCUAGCUCCACAAUUUUCAACAAACUGUAAAAAUGGACAAUAUGGAACCUAUUCCAGAGGCUCCAGCCACAGAACACAAAAUCUCACUGGUCACUCCUAUUCGUGCCGCAAUCCGAAUACGCAGAAAAAUUCGAACAUUUAAAAAAAGCCAUCUUGCCUUGGAUCUGUCUGGCAAGAGACCUUUGGAUAAUAAUAAAUCUUGCCUUUUUCGUCGGCAGCUGUCUACCGAGCAUUCCAUCUAUAGGCCCUCCAGCUGUGAAACACCUAACUUUUUUAAAUUUGACACUCCAACCUUGGAGCAGGUUACCUUAAGUAGUCUUAAGCGUAAGAAAAAACGUAAGAAGUCCAGAGCGGUACUUUAUCCAGGAAACUCCAAAAGGUAUUUACCAGUGGAACAGAAAAGCAAAGCAAAACGAUGCCUAAUGUUGUUAGUUGGGAUCAUUUGCUUCCAAAUCUUGAAUGCUAUUGAGAACUUGGAUGACAAUGUGAUAAAAUAUGAACUAGAUGGACUUGAGAAAACAAUGCAUCGGGAAGUAUUUGGACAAAAGUAUGCCAUUGAGGGAAUAAUGGAUCACCUGAAGGACUACCUGGCAACUCAUUGUCAUAAUAAGCCAUUGGUGAUGUCAAUGAACGGCCCUAGUGGUGUUGGUAAGAGCCACAUGGGACGUAUAUUGGCCAAGCACUUUCGUGCAGUCAUGGACAAUGAUUUUGUUAUACAAUACUAUGUCAUGCACAACUGCCCGAAAGAUAGUGAUAUUGAGGCUUGUAAGAACAGUUUAGUGGACUUGAUCUCAGACAUGGUGACUCGGGCAGAAAUUGAGGAAAAAAUUCCUGUCUUUAUAUUUGAUGAAAUGGAGCAUAUGCCCCUUCCACUUUUAGACACGUUACAAAGUUACUUUUACUUAAACCAAAACAAUGAGUAUCUCAAUGCAGUCUACAUCUUAAUCAGCAACAUUGGAGGAAAUGAGGUGACCAAGUUCAUCCUGCAAAAUUCAUCCAGCGAUGUUUUGAACGUUCGGCAAGAACUGAAAAGCAUUAUCCAAUCUUCUUUGAAACAGCACCACCGAAUGUGGGAUAUUGCUGAAAUUGUCCCUUUCACUUUGUUGGAGAAAAGCCAUAUCGCCAAUUGCUUUUUAGAUGAACUCUUACGGGAAGGGUUUUACCCAGACAAUAACAACAUUGAAAGCUUGACAGGACAGCUAAAAUAUUACACUACAAAGGACAAGCAAUUCUCCAUCACUGGGUGCAAACAGGUGGUAGCCAAAGUGAAUCUUUUACAUUCAUACACAUGAUUGUUGGGUUAAACCAUUCUGACUGCUGUCUAGAAAGUUUAUCACCUAUAUUUAAAGUGAAUAAAAGAGAGUCUGUAAGUUUAAUAACC